GGAGGGCGGCGGGGCGGCGGAUGUGCGGACAGGCGCCGUGGGCAGCCCGCCGCGCUGGGGAGGAGGAAGGCCCCAUCGCACCGCGUCGGCAGUGAGGAAGGUCCUGUCGCGCCGCCGCCUGAGGUGACGGGAGGCCGCGAUGCCGCUGUACGAGGGCCUGGGCAGCGGCGGGGAGAAGACCGCUGUAGUGAUAGACCUGGGCGAGGCCUUCACCAAGUGUGGUUUUGCAGGAGAAACAGGACCAAGAUGCAUUAUUCCUAGUGAAAUAAAGAAACCCGAUGUGGCAAAGCCUGUCAAAGUUGUUCAAUAUAAUAUUAAUACAGAAGAGCUAUAUUCAUAUCUCAAGGAAUUUAUCCAUAUGCUGUAUUUCAGACAUCUGCUGGUGAAUCCCAGAGACCGCCGUGUUGUGAUCAUAGAAUCUGUCUUGUGCCCUUCACACUUCAGAGACACACUCACAAAAGUCCUUUUCAAGCAUUUUGAGGUACCUUCCGUUUUGUUUGCUCCGAGUCAUCUAAUGUCUCUGCUGACACUUGGGAUCAAUUCUGCCAUGGUGCUAGACUGUGGAUAUGCGGAAAGCUUGGUGCUGCCUAUAUAUGAGGGAAUUCCGAUUCUGAGCUGCUGGGGUUCCCUUCCUCUGGGAGGAAAGGCUAUCCACAAGGAGCUGGAAUAUCAGCUGUUGGAGCAGUGCACAGUUGAUACAGGAUUAGCCAAAGGACAAAGCCUUCCAUCUGUGAUGGGCUCAGUUCCGGAAGACAUAGUAGAGGAUAUAAAAGUCCGCACUUGUUUUGUGAGUGAUCUCCAACGUGGACUGAAAAUCCAAGCAGCCAAGUUUAACAUUGAUGGCAGUGCUGAGCGUCCUUCACCACCUCCAGAUGUGGACUAUCCUUUAGAUGGAGAAAAGAUUCUCCAUGUAGUUGGGCCCAUCAGAGACUCUGUUGUUGAAAUACUGUUUGAACAGGAUAAUGAAGAGACAUCUGUUGCCACUUUGAUCUUAGAUUCACUCAUUCAGUGUCCCAUAGACACUCGGAAGCAGUUGGCAGAGAACUUGGUAGUUAUUGGUGGCACCGCUAUGUUGCCAGGAUUCCUUCACAGGCUCAUGGCAGAAAUCAGAUACCUGGUAGAGAAACCAAAAUACAAAGAAACACUUGCCACUAAAACCUUCAGAAUUCACACUCCACCUGCCAAACCCAACUGUGUGGCCUGGCUGGGAGGAGCCAUUUUUGGAGCACUUCAGGACAUACUUGGGAGCCGGUCUGUGUCCAAAGAAUAUUACAGCCAGACAGGCCGCAUACCUGACUGGUGCUGUCUUAAUAAUCCUCCCCUGGAAAUGAUGUUUGAUAUUGGAAAAGCACCCCCACCAUUGAUGAAGAGGGCUUUUUCUACUGAGAAAUAAGCACCUAAAUGCUACACAAGGAUUCUUCUCAUCUAUUUCAAGUAGAUAUAUAUGCAUUGUUUGUUGGUUUUUUUUUUAAGUUAAGUAAUUUGUAUUUAACACUAUUAAAUAUGAACGAUGUGGAAGUUUUGGGGGAGUAUGGUGGUAGGUACUAACACUAUUUAAAACCAUGUCCAGUUGUAGUUUAAAAAUGUAACUCUGGCAACUACUAUACUGUUUCGUCCUCUCCUGAAGAAAUUCUGUACUGUCAUGAGUUGUAGCCUACUGGUUGUUUGUUAUUUAUCUGUACAGUAAAUGACAUCGUUGAGAGAAUUUGUUUUAAGAUAUUUUGAUUUUAAAUAUGCUUAGAAGAAUGCACAGACAUUGGGAAACAUCUAUGGAAGCUUUUCUGCCACUUUCUGUAUUAAAAUAUUCCACCCUUGAA